AUAAUGAAUGUCAAAGGAAAAGUGAUUCUGUCAAUGCUGGUUGUCUCGACUGUAAUUGUUGUGUUUUGGGAAUAUAUCAACAGCCCCGAAGGCUCUUUCUUGUGGAUAUAUCACUCAAAAAACCCAGAGGUGGGUGAUAGCAGCACGCAGAAGGGCUGGUGGUUUCCAAGCUGGUUUAACAAUAGGACCCACAGUUACCCAGAAGAGGAAGCCGUAGACAAGGGAGAUGAACAAAGAAAGGAAAACAGCGAAGAACUUCAGCUGUCAGACUGGUUUAAUCCACAGAAACGUCCCGAUGUUGUGACGGUGACUGAAUGGAAGGCGCCGGUCGUGUGGGAAGGCACUUACAACAAAGCCAUCUUAGAAAAUUAUUACGCCAGACAGAAAAUUACCGUGGGUCUAACGGUCUUUGCUGUCGGAAGAUACAUUGAGCAUUACUUGGAGGAGUUCUUAAUAUCUGCUAAUAGGUACUUCAUGGUUGGCCACAAAGUCAUAUUUUACAUCAUGGUGGACGAUGUCUCCAAGAUGCCCUUGAUAGAGCUGGGUCCUCUGCGUUCCUUCAAAGUGUUUGAGAUCAAGCCUGAGAAGAGGUGGCAGGACAUCAGCAUGAUGCGCAUGAAGAUCAUCGGGGAGCACAUUGUGGCCCACAUCCAGCAUGAGGUGGACUUCCUCUUCUGCAUGGACGUGGACCAGGUCUUCCAAGAUAGCUUUGGAGUGGAGACCCUGGGCCAGUCGGUGGCUCAGCUACAGGCCUGGUGGUACAAGGCAGAUCCUGACGAGUUUACCUAUGAGAGGCGGAAGGAAUCCGCAGCAUACAUUCCGUUCGGCGAGGGAGAUUUUUAUUACCACGCUGCCAUUUUUGGAGGAACGCCCACUCAGGUCCUAAACAUCACCCAGGAGUGCUUCAAGGGAAUUCUCCAGGACAAGAAAAAUGACAUAGAAGCCGAGUGGCAUGAUGAAAGCCACCUAAAUAAGUAUUUCCUUCUCAACAAACCCACUAAAAUUUUAUCCCCAGAAUAUUGUUGGGAUUAUCAUAUAGGCUUGCCUUCAGAUAUUAAGAUUGUCAAGAUAUCUUGGCAGACGAAAGAGUAUAAUUUGGUUAGAAAUAAUAUCUGA